UCAGUUACAUGGCUGAACGAGUUGUAGGAACCGGAUCAUUUGGAAUAGUUUUCCGCUAUUCUUUUCAUGUUGUCUAAAGGACCAAAAUCACAUCAAGGAACUAGAUACUUUCAAGAACUUGGGCCAUCACAGCGACGAUCAUCUCUACAAUUGGAAAAAUUUACUGUACAAGGAAAGGCAAUCACACACACACACUCACAGAGAACAAAAAAAAAAAAAAAGAAAAAAAAAGAAUCGUAGUGAUAUGGAGAUGAAAAGGGUCGAUAAGCAAAUGGAUUUUGUGCUGUUUAGGCCUACUAUGCCAGGUUGAAUGGUGGCUUGACUGGCUUCUGUCAUGAUUGUUAAGAGAAAAAGGUUGAGGUGUAAAUAGACAAUUAGCAAAAUCAGUAAGGUCCCAAAGUAGAUAUAGCCCACUUUGGGAUACUUGAUUUACCCAAAUUUUUAAAAAUUUCAACCGGAAACUCGACUGGGAGAACAGAAAUCGUAGAAACCCUCAGGCAUCCAGGGAGAGAGAUGAGAAGCUGACAGGAAAACAAUGAGUACAGUUGUAGCACAUGGCCCUCUAAUAUCUUUCGUGCCCAUGAAAUCUAGUAAAGGUUUGCGCCAGGAAUUUUCCAAUUCGAAGUUUUCCUUGAGCAAAAGCAACCCUUUAAUUUUCAGGUGCUGCUCCAACAAAGAUGAGAAAUCCCAGGAAUCUCAGAUGGGUUUCUCGGUGCUUAAGAAAGACGUUGAAUGUGAUAGAGGGAUAAUAUAUAGCACUAUGGCAUUCUAUGUCUUCAGUUUGCACAUUCCAUUAAGUUUUGGCGGGCUGGCUAUAGGUGCCACCAUAUUGCAUCAACAAGUUAUUGAGCCACAGACUGAGGCGUUGGCAUUACUUGGUCUUGAAAUUUUAGAGUUCAUUGGUUUUGUCUUGCUGCUGAAACGUCCUGGGGAGCCCCAGUACAAGCUUCUUGACUUAUUCCAAGUUGACGAGUUAGCAGGAGAAAGAAGCUGGUUGCUGGCAUCGCUGAUUGGUUUUUUGUUCCUUUUGUUCUUGGUGCUGGUAACAUCACUUAUUGCUGAUCAAUUUCUGGAGACUAAGGAGGUAAACAAUCCAACACUGCAAGCACUCCUCUCAAGCGGCUCAAUCUCUGUUACAGCUUGCAUUCUUGUCUACUGCAUUGUCACUCCCUUCCUGGAAGAGAUUGUCUACAGAGGGUAUUUGCUGACUUCUCUUUCCUGCACUAUGAAGUGGCAGCAAGCCGUUCUGCUGAGUUCUUUGCUUUUCAGUGCAUCUCACUUCUCUGUUGAGAAUUUCCUGCAGUUAUUCGUUAUUGGCUGUGUCCUUGGAUGCUCUUAUUGUUGGUCUGGGAACCUCAGUUCAUCUAUCCUCAUACACUCGUUGUACAAUGCCUUCAUCCUCUACAUAACCUUUAUUUCUUGAAUAUUGAUGCUGAUUCUGCGCGUUCCUUCUACUUAUUUGGACAAAUUAUCUACCUUUAUAGAUUCCAUUUACAAUGACAACUAAGUAUUGCUUGUCCUCUCAGCUUUACAGAGAAGCCUCGGGCAGCACAAUAGACAUCUCCUAUCCACUAUGGAUGCUGCUGAUUUUUAGUGGGAAAGACAUCUCAUACUCAAUAGGCCCUUUUGCUGGGAAAAAAAAAAGCAGGUAAAUGGUUGGAGGAUUGCUGCUUGGCCACCUGGUAUGUGCUGUUUUCCUUUUCAUUUUGAUAGAAUCCACAUGGAUACUCUUGGAGUAUAAACUAAGUUUAUUGGCUCAAAAACACAUGGAAGAUGGUGCAUGAUCAAAGCAUAAACAAGCAGGUAGUCGGCUAAUUCAAAUCAUUCAAAUGAUUUCAAACUGAAAGUAACAUGGUGGAGAUUUCCUUUUGGUUUCUUAAGGCUAUAAAGUUUUUGGCUUUUCUCUGUUUUUGAGUUUCUUUGCUUGAAGAGAGCACUAGCCAUUGCUUUACCUUCUGAGUUAGAAUACAAAAUCUGGAAGACAAUAAUGGGCUUAGAGGCUUCUAUUUUCAGGAGCAAGUCACAUUCUUGUUGAUGUGAUGUGCAAGAAAAAUGGAGGAAUCAUUCAAAACCUUUGGCUAAAAGGUGAAAGCUAUAUAGAGGGAAACCUACCAUCUUGAGCAAUGAAAGCAAUUAAAGUUGCAUUUGCUUGUUUGUGUUACUUCUUUUCUUGACAAAUAGUUAUACUACUAUCAGACAUGCUGGUGUUUAAAGACUUGUAGGACAUUGAGAAGCUUUCAAGUCCCUAAAACUCAUUUAGGAGAAUGGUUAACUUAGUGUAGGCAAAUCGAGUCAUUUUUACUUCACUCAUUCACAAUUCAAGAAGGAAAAUUUCCAAAUAAAAGUUUCAUAGUUUGAAUUGGUCGAUGAAUUUUAGUGUUAUUGUUUAUCUAAACAUCAAAACAGCAUAUACCCAAUGGAUGUUAUAAAUCCAAAUGUAGAAACAUAGGUUGUAUAAAACAAAGACAACAAGACAAGAUGGUUGGAUAGAGAGAGGGAUUGAUUUGAAUAGAGGUACCCUAAAAUAUCACUAUUAGUCUAGCAUAUCACUUGUAUAUUCUUAUCACAAUGCCGCCAAUCAUCAAGCAUUUAUAUGGUGGUAGUAAUUUUUUUAAAAAUUUUUGGGUAUUUAUUUCUUAGCUUUCAUUCUAUUUGGUAGUGUUUUGAAAAAAAAAAUAGAAUUUUCCAUAAAUUAUUAGUGUCGCAAAAAUCAAGUUUUACAUUCCCACUGUUCAUGAAUUUAUAUUGUGCACUACAUUCAAACAAUGGUGAUGCAAAGAUGCUGAAAGAUAUACCAAAUCACUAAAUACUCGAAUUGAGUUCGAUUUGAUAAGAAAUUUGUACUUGAUUCGCUAAUUAGUUAAAUCAAGUUUGAACAGAAUUUUAUGUUCGAUAACUUUCAAAAUCAAUAAAAAAAAAAAAAAACUCAUUCCAAUUUGGUUCAUCAUAUAACCAAGCCAAAUUUCUUCGGAAUAAAAGGGUCAAAUUUGAACAAAAUUUCAAUUUUACCUAAAAUAAUCAAACAAAUUUGAAAAUUAUAGUAUCGACUUGAUUAAAUUCGUUUACACCCGUAAAUAGAAAUAGAAAGAAUCAAAAAUUGGGAAAAAAAAUAUACAACGUCUAUAUAUUAGUAUGUUACUGUUACAUUGCCCUGUCGUGGUCCCAAGAAAUCAUCAAUCUUUGUCCCACUGUCCAAACCAACGGCUACAUUCUACCCAACUGGAAAUUGCCAGAUUUAGUUGACGUCCACAAAUUGCUAGCUUGUAAAGGACCAUUUGUCCCUACUUAGACACACAACCAAUAAAAAAUAAAAUACCACCAUUACACGUCUUACAAAGCCUGCCUUAUCCCCGCGAUCAAUGGUAGCUAUCAAAGGAAUACAAGACCGGUGAAAGCAGAAUUGUUCUUGAUCAAUGCCACGUCUGGUCUAAUGAGUUGGAUCCCACGAUCCCUCCAAUCCUCCUACCUUAAAUAACACCUCAGAUUAAACCACUCUCCAGCAGCUGUCCACAUAUUUUUCAGAAGCCCACCUGCUCAAUCUAGAAACUCUUUUGCCUGCCUCUGUUUCUCUUCCCUGCUCUUGCUUUUCAAGAAAUGGGGAGCUUUGAGCAGAAAGUGAAGGAAAGGGCCAAGGAAUUGAAGAUCUUUUUCAAGAAAGGGGUGAAGAUUGUUGGAGAUUCAUGCAAGAAGGGAUGGUACAAGCUCAAGCACAUUAGGAAGAAAUGAUUUCAGGGAUUUUGUUCUGUCUCAGCCAAAAAAUUGUUUACGUUUCCUUUUUCUGCUUCUGACAAUUUUUUGGGUUAAUUUACAAGUUGAGUUUUGUUUAGUUGUGGUAGGUGGUUUUGAUACAUGUAAAGGGAGUUGGGGUAAUUCUUGUGGUUUCUGUUCAUCUUUCAAUUUGUUACAACUACCCUCAAUCCUUGAGCUUGAGUUGCUUUUUACUAUGUUACAAGAUUGAUUGAGAUUCAUUAACUUUGUUGCUGUGCC